AUGACAAAAAGCGCAAUAACUUAUUCCAUAACCAGACUGAUGUGUGAAGAGCAAGGCCCCCAUAGAGAAAUGAAAGGUUUCUUCCUCAUUUGGGACGUGAGUCACCUCACACUACAGUGGCAUGUAGGAAUCGCCCUCUAUGUUCUCUUCAGAUGGUGUCAUGGAGGUAUUACAACUAUAAACUGCUCUGGUAACAUGUGGGUAGAGCCUGGUGAAAUUUUUCAGAUGGGGAUGAAUGUUUCUAUAUAUUGCCAAGAAGCCCUUAAGAACUGCCAACCAAGGAAGCUUAAUUUUUAUAAAAAUGGCUUGAAAGAAGAAUCCAAUAUCACCAUGAUUAAUAGAACAACAGCUCAACUUUGGUAUAAAGGCUUUUGGGAACCUCAUGCCUCUAUGCAUUGCACUGCUGAAUGUCUUGGACAUUUUCAAGAGACACUUAUUUGUGGAAAAGACAUUUUCUCUGGAUAUCCACCGGAUGUCCCCAGUGAAGUGACAUGUGCCAUUUAUGAAUACUCAGACAACAUGACUUGUACCUGGGACACUGGGAAGCCCACCUACAUACAUACCAAGUAUGUGGUGCAUGUGAAGAGUUUAGAGACAGAAGAAGAACAACAGUAUCUUGCCUCGAGCUAUGCUACCAUCUCCACUGACUCAUUACAAGGUGGAAAGAAGUAUUUGGUAUGGGUCCAAGCUGUCAAUGCCCUAGGCAUGAAGGACUCACCGCUACUACAAGUCCAUCUGGAUGAUAUAGUAAUACCUUCUGCAUCCAUCAUUUCCAGAGCUGAGACUGUAAAUGCUACUGUGCCCAAGACCAUAAUUUACUGGGAUAGCAAAACCAUGAUUGGAAAUGUAUUCUGUGAAAUGAGACACAAAGCAACAACAAACCAAACGUGGAAUGUUAAGGAAUUUGACACCAACUUCACAGAUGUGCAGCAAUCAGAAUUCUACCUGGAGCCAGACAGCGAGUAUAUAUUUCAAGUGAGAUGCCAAGGACGAGGUAGAAGAAGCUGGCAGCCCUGGAGUUCACCCUUUGUUCACAAAACUCCCCAAACAGGUAGGUUUACAUGGUUUGCCUGGAGGUCACCAUACAUUGCUGAUACUCUCCCUUCCUUGUUCUAAGUUCCCCAGGUCCCAUCAAGAUCGUCCCAAGAAUCUCAGAAGAUUGAGAUGCUCCCUGCUACAGUCAUUAAAGGACAUUCUAUUUUUGAUAAUAGUCAAGACAUUGGAUUUUUGUCGGGAAUGGUCUUCUUGGGCAUCUUGUUGCCGAUUUUCUCUCUGAUCGGGAUAUUUAACAGAUCACUUCGAAUAGGAAUUAAAAGAAAAGUCUUACUGGUGAUCCCAAAGUGGCUUCAUGAAGAUAUUCCUAAUAUGGAAAAUAGUAAUGUUGCAAAAUUGCUACAGGAACAAAGUGUACAUGAGGAUAAUACUGCCAGUGAGCACGACCUGUAUAUGGAUCCUGUGGUUACAGAGGUAAGUGAAACCACUCCCCUGGAACACAAGCCCACAGGUUACAAGGAAGAAAAGCUCGUGGGCCUCCUGGAGACCAGAGACUGUCCACUAACAAUGCUGUCUACCAGCUCUUCUGUUGUGUAUAUUCCUGAUCUCAACACUGGCUAUAAACCCCAGAUUUCAAAUGUUCCCCCUGAGGAAAACCAUUUUAUUACCAGAGAUGAGGAGUCUACAACUCUUGAUGCCACAGGUGACUGCUUUGCCAGAUUGAAAAUAUACCCCAACUUUGCAUUUUCUUCUUCAAGUACAACUUUACUAAGCAAAACACUAAUUCUUGAUGAAUUGAACCUCGUUUUAAAUCAAGAUGCGUUCAAUCCUCUUGAAAUACAAAACUCAAGACAAGAGGAAACCACUAUGAUUUUGGAAAGUGGCUCUCCCAGUGAAACCAUCCCAGAGCAGACCCUGCUUUCUGAUGAAUUUGUCUCCUGCUUGGCAAUCGGAAGUGAGGACUUGCCAUCUGUUAAUUCUUACUUUCCACAGAACAUUUUGGAAAGCCAAUUUAGUGGGAUUUCACUCUUCAAAACUUUCAAUGGCAUCAUGGGCAUUAAAACAGACCCUGGCCAUGGUAGGGCCAUGGACCCAGGCAUGACCCUAGGCAACAGUCUAGGCCCAGACAAUACCAUGGACCCAGCUGUUAGUGCAGGCCACUCCGAUGAGCAUGACGCCGGCAGUAGCAUAACCCUCGGACACCAACAUGGCCACAAGUUGUCGCUUAGACCCCAGGCAUCCAUGCGACCUUUGAUGGCAACAUGGCCACAGCCAUCAAAACAGACCCAAGCUGUGGUAGGACCACGGACUCAGACAUGA